GCAGAUCUUUCAAAGAUGGGAAAUUCCAAUGAUUCUUUCCGUUUUGUCGAGCCCUGCUUUGGUCUCUGGUUUGAUGGUUGUACGUGCUAAAAAUCCGGUACAUUCCGUUUUGUUUCCCAUCCUAGUCUUUUGCGACACUUCUGGUUUACUUAUUUUGUUAGGUCUCGACUUCUCCGCUAUGAUCUUCCCAGUAGUUCAUAUAGGAGCUAUUGCCGUUUCAUUCCUAUUCGUGGUUAUGAUGUUCAAUAUUCAAAUAGCGGAGAUUCACGAAGAAGUAUUGCGCUAUUUACCAGUGAGUGGUAUUAUUGGACUGAUCUUUUGGUGGGAAAUGUUCUUCAUUUUAGAUAAUGAAACCAUUCCAUUACUACCAACCCACAGAAAUACGACCUCUCUGAAAUAUACGGUUUAUGCCGGAAAGGUACGAAGUUGGACUAAUUUGGAAACAUUGGGCAAUUUACUUUAUACCUACUAUUCCGUCUGGUUUUUGGUUUCUAGUCUGAUUUUAUUAGUAGCUAUGAUUGGGGCUAUAGUACUUACUAUGCAUAGGACUACAAAGGUGAAAAGACAGGAUGUAUUCCGACGAAAUGCCUUGGAUUCUAGGAGGACUACUAUUCAUAUUCAGAACAGAAGGUUCUUCUCCCACAAAGGGGAUGACGCACCUGUCCCCCCCGCUGAUCCGGAAUCCAUUUAAUCUGAUUUGGCAGAGAGAAUAGAAAGGAUUUAUAGGCGGGCCGGGGAGGAGCAAUCUUUAGUAGAAGCCGGGACUACGCCAAGGGAACUUGUAGAUAACGUCCUGCCAGAGGGGGCGGAGCUACCGCUUCUACAAGAAACCUGGGUUCAGUUUGUACGGGACGAGUCACACAGCGAGUUUUGGGUAGAGAUCGAUUCGAUAAUCUGCUAAGGAAAUAUGGGCACGCGGCGCGCGGUGAGCCCGACACCCCCGAUCCCGAUGCUCGAGCCUGAUGCCCCUCAAUCAGGAGGAGGCGACUCAGCGGGGAGCACGGGGGAAGAAAAUUGUCCGGGGGCGGGGAAGGAAAGUAGGAACCUCCGAAGGCCCGCCCGAGUCAAGGAAGCGCAAAAGUUAUUCUGAUUCUGAUUCCGGGGGGGAUGAUGGGAGUGACCCUGCUCCGGAUCCUUCUCCUUUCUUUUGAUUUUGACUAAAAUGAGAGGUGGAGAAAUUGAGUUCUUUUGAGCAGCGUUGUCUGUAGUAGAGUAGCUUUUUUUUUUUUCUUUUACAGAAAGAAGGCGAGGCCCACCUGCCUUCUCUAGGUACUUUACUUGGAAAGGUGUCACCGCCUUCCUUCUUCUCUAGGUACUUUACUUGGAAAGGUAGGUGCGGGAAAGAAGAGCGGGUAUGUGGGCUUCUUUCAAUCGAAACUUUUUUGAAGCCGUCAAACUUUAUCGUUUCAUUAUAGAUGGAUCUAAAACAUUGCGUUGCAGAGUGGAGGCGUGAAGAAGGUUAAGAGAAGCAAGCCAAAGGAAAGAAAAAGCAACUUGAUACAAUAUUGAAGAUAAACACUCAGGAAAGCACUGGGUCAACUGACUCCACUAGCCAGCUUCUGCUUCAGAACUUACUUCAAAGAGGCUGACUUAGCACUUAGCAUAAUGCUUUUGUUCCGGUGCAUAAAAGUAAGUGAGCAGGUGGGUGAGUCCAAAGGUUUUUCCGAAGCGCGAAGGACUUGCAGUUCUAAAAUAGGAAGGGCUCUGUACUCAAAUCAAAGCAAAGUAGUAGUUUCAUAGGUCGUUGUGCUAGAGCUAAGAUUUAUAUGAAAGUGUGAGGGGAAGCCAUUUCCAGCUUCUACUUUCUGCGAACCGGGCUCAUUACCGGCCUACAGUAGCAUUCUACUGUGAGCUUUCUCACUGCGGAUCGCCUUGAUUCACUGAUCGUUGACAGCUACUCAGGAGAGGUUAUCCUUUGCCAGACUUUGUGUUGAGAUGAGUUCUCCGCUUCCCGAAAAGAUGAUUUUUGUCAAUCAGCGUAGAGUGGUGGAUUAUAAAGUGGUACAGUCCGAAUGGGUUGGUUCAAGCUAGCUGUUCUUACUGAACAGGUGUUUUAGCAUUCUUUUCGAAUUCGAAGUUGCGGGGUGCUUUGGCUUUUCAAAGUUCUCAAAGAGAAUAAAGUAAAGGCGCUACGCGUGGAUCGAAUUAAAGUAACGUAAGGUUUCGUAAGAAACAAUUGAAUAAGCGUAUCAAAGAGAAUGAGGUCUAGCACUCCGAAAUACCAUUGAGAAAGAGCAAUAGAACAAGGUUAGAAUAAGAUCUCCAAAAUGGUUGAUGACUCCCACAACUUGUCAGGCUGCAUUCCCGUGAAAUUGUUUUGGGACAAUUCCAGUUUUACUAUCUAUGCGGUAGCUCAGCCAAGUAAUCUGGUAUCUCACCAUUAAGACGGUUACCUAGCAAGUUCAGCUCUGUGAGGUUCUUGCAUCCUUUAAAUGAAUGUCUCUAGAAUACUCCCAGUCAGAUUGUUAUUGUGCAAUAUGAGUGACUGCAGAGAGUUGGCUUGACAUAUCUCGGCUGGGAUAGAAUAGAACCUGAGAGCUGGUUGGUUUCUGCAGAGAAACUAACAAGAUGCUGCAAUGGCAGCGCUGGCAGAGGCCCACGGAACAUGUUUUCUGCAAGAGAUAUGGAUCGAACACUCGCCCUGUUCCGUAUCCAAUCUGGAAUAUGACCCGUAAGUUUGUUCCCUUCAACGAAAAUUGUGGCAAUAGCUUCUAAAUCUGCAAGUUCUUCAGGGAUAGAGCCUGUGAAGGCAUUGAAGGGACGGACAGAUUUUUGAGCGUAAGCUUCUUGCAGUUACUAAGCUCUUUUGGUAUGCUCCCACUGAGCCCAGCACCUUUGCAAACAGCCGAGUUAGAUUGCCCAGCUCACCGACAGAUGUUGGCAGUUCAGCAUUGAAGUAGUUCUCUGAUAUAUAAAGUUCCUUCUUUUGAGACCACCAAUUGACCAAGGGAUGGUGCCUGUGAACUUGCAUCCGGGGAGUUGAAGAACUUUUAGCAGCUUCAGGUUACCAAUCUCUUCUGGAAUGCUUCCACUAAGACCAUUCUGUCUCUAAAUUAGCAAUUCCUUAUUUUCCAGUUGACCAAUCUCCCUAGGUAUUGGCCCCACCAAACUGUUUGAUGAGAGAUCAAGUGUCAACUGGUUCACCAACGCAGUUAUUCCCGGGAAUAUUUAUCCCGUGAGGUUAUUCUGGCUUGCAUCAAGGUGCUAGAGCCGAGACUGGUUACCAAAAGCAGCUGGUAUCGACCCGUUGAAUGUGUUCAUGUGAAGGUCCAGGAUAUCCUCGAGGAUGAAGGCCAGAUCACGCCCAAUUCGAUCCUUGAAAGACCCAUUGCACUACAGCGGCAGCUCGGGCUCGAGCAACGGCGGGAGAUAAGUCUUCUCUUCAUUCAGCAUUCAGUCUAUCUUCGGAAAGCAGCAAUAAUUGAUGCACGCAGACGAUGGUUAAAUGCUUUCUUGAUUUACUACUAAUAGGUGGUGUCUAGACGCUAGGAAAAAGUGAGGAUUAUAGCUUCUGCCCCAUAGACCAUUCGGAAAGGAGUCUGUCCCUUCGGUCUUAUAUGUUAGUAUAGGUUGGUUCUUCCGAAUGCACAUAAGACCACUGGUCACCCUCAAUCCUUAGCAUUGAACUUGACUGAUUUGGCUAAGAUCUGGGGAACUAGAGCAGUCCCCAGAGGGCACUACACAAGGCAGGAGAGGCAAUAGCGAAGCGAAGCCCUAGUUCAAUCGAGGAUGGAUUCAUUGAGUGGGCGAGGAAGAUGAUUGGUAUGGGAAGAUCGGUCUUUCACUAAUGGAGCAUCUCCACCCUAGCCUUGAAGUUGAACAUCCGGGGAUAUCUAAAUAUUGAACCAGUGAUUAAAAAGAAUGGCAAGACUGCGGUUGAAGUCCCAGCUGGAAAUCCAAAUUGCUCGAACACAAAAAAUCUAGACAAAGGAAAGAAACCUGGUUUGCAUAUUUUCGUAUAUGCCCAACUAAUCUAUCGCAUAGGAAGAUCGCCCCUGUAAGUUUAUUUCACACAUUAUGUUACUUUGUUUAUGGUGUGGAAAUAAAUAUCAAUAUUCUAACUUGCCGCUUUCUAUGGAUGCAUCCUCUACUCUAGUGCUUACCUGUCCUACUUUCUUUAAUUCAUUCCUAUUUCCUCUCCUGUACUUAUAUUUAUCUUGCCUGCGGCAGUUUUGUAAUCAAUUUCUACUAGGGAUAGGGAGCGUGAACUUUCUCUCAUCCAGUGAAUGAGUUACCUGAAGAUCGAUGGCAUAUAAAACGCCCUAAUUCAAUAUAAAAUCUGUUAUUUCACUUUCAAAAUGCCCCGUUCGCACUUGCUUGAGUGAGGCGCAAGCCGUUUUCUUGCUAGGCAAGAUAGGUCAACGGAUAGCUUGUUGGUUGAUACGGGACCCCUUCUCAACUUCAUGUGUUUUGUAACUGCCAUAAAGCAAGGCCAUAGUCCAACAUUCCAUCCUUUUCCACCGCUGUAUUGGCUUCUGCUUCUCUUCCUUUUGCCGAGGAAGAUCUGCUUCUCUUGCAUCCUCCAGUCUUAAAUUCCUAUCCGUACUAGACUAGACCUUCCCUUAGCCAUCAACCUACCGAACCCAGGAAUGAGAUCCACAAGGAAAGAGAUUGGCAGAAAUCCAGAAAGAAUGAUGCACAAGAAAUGGUUAGAACCUCGAGAAUAGAUGCGAAUAGCAGCUCAGAUCAGAUCCGAGAUGGAGCAGCAAUAAAGCAAAGAGGAGCAGAAAGGUUCGAAUCGAAUCGCAAGCAGCUGACUAGAGAGAGAUGAGUUGAGAAAUAAAGACUAUCCAAAUAUUGGAUAAGUUGUUUCGUAAUUCAUCUUUGUCAUUGACUUCGGCCUCUCAUUUAUCCUUAUUUGGUAGCUGAGAAGUGAAGCACAACAAAGUUUUAAUAGAUCUCUUCCUGUCAUUCAAUAACCAUCCUUUAUUUUUGCAGUAUAGAGAAGUGAUUAGCCGGUGCCCAGGAUAAGGUAGUGGAACUGGUGCGUAUCAGGUUUGGCAUUAGCUCUUUUGAAUAAUAGAGCUGAGCAGCUAAGAACAGAUAGCAAUCUGGAACAGCUCUGAAAUGCAAAUAAAAUGAUGAUUGGUCCUAGCUUAUGGGUUGCGAUAAGACAGUUUCGAAGGUUCUAGCCAUCUCAAGGAAGUAUAUAAGUAGCUAUCGGCACCUUUUGAAGAAGGAGGCUCGGUAGCAGAGAUGUUGAGUAAAGUCUAGAUGACACGAACCCUAGCAGAUCUGCUAUAGCAAAGUGGUAAGUUACCAGCGGUGUCGAUAGAAUAGAAGAGAAGCAUCAGAGCGAGCGUUAUAGAUCAGUCAGCAUUAGCGACAUCAAUUCUGCUACAGUUUUGUUAAAGAAAGGUGAAUACAUUCUAAAAAGUCUAAAACUCAUCUUAUUUCUUAAAGAGCAUAUAACAACAAACGAUUUCACUUACAAGGGGGUGCAGCUGCAGGAACUGGGUGCUGUGCCGCCCGCUGCCUACUUAAUGUUUCGCUUGCCUUCUACACUUCUGCAAUGGGAGUCACCACAUGAGAUGCUAUUUUUCACCUUUCGCUAUUAUUCGCUCUUGCGUGUCUUUGGAGCCCGAUCUUUCCCUUGCUUACGCCCCUAGAAACUCCGUGAAAAAACCACCUCGUUUUUCCAUAAAUAAAGGAUUCCUAAUAAAGUUUUUACAUAUCAUAUCCCAGCGGUAUUUUUUUAAUAAUUUUUGCAUAAAUAAAGUAUAAUUUCCACAAAAUAACACUUUUAGGCGCCCACUUGAAAUUCAACUUAACGUUGGACGUUGACCAGGCCCUCUCUAUUGCCAGAAUUGGGGACUGGCUCUUCUCCACAACUAGAAAACACAGAACUGCCAGAGGUUUGGUCAUAACCAGCACGCACCCUCGCCAAUUUCGUUCUAAGCUCAAUCCAAGAUUGUGAUCGGGUUGCCUUUCGAUAUAACUUGGUUCAAGCUUGGAUCCAGUGGAUAGAUACUUUAAACGAUGGUAGGAACGGGAGCUACCCUGGAUCACUUGAGGAAGUAAGAACGCAAGUCUCUCAGUUGAAAUUAGAUCGUUCCAGGAUAAUAGCUGAAGCGGCUGAGAACUCCCAAAGAGAAGAGAACCAGCUUAAGGAGCAGGUAUCCGGAGUAUCAGCAAGCUAUAAAUAGCUUUAGGAUUGUAUGAAUAGAGUUGAGGAUCAAGUAUCCCUCAUAUUUAGAUCCCCCGUUGGGAAAAGCCCCUUUUUAAAUCCUUUCACGCUUUCCCUUUGCCGAAGGCCGGCCUCUUUAGUUCCUACGUUUUCGGAAAAGAAGGUGAGACGCUAGCUAGCAACGGGAAAAAACGAGUAGUUAAAGAUGUGAAUGUAAGACUACUCGAAAGUACUUCCAUUUUUAUUAUAUUAUAUAGUUUCUAAUAGAGAGUACAGUUGUAUCUAUGUGCGAAACGACGAAAGAAAGAUGGAAGGCCCAAAGAGCUCUACAGUAGUGCCCCGGAAUGGGGUCGUAGAGCCGGUAACCCACUCUGUUUAGUAUUUUGAUUUCGUUCAAGGUGUUGCUCUGUCAAAUAGAGAUUGUGUGGGUGUUCAGUCUACCACUCAUGUUCACGUUCUACAAAUCUAAGGGAGUGCUCCUAGACUGGACGACUUCCCGUAAAUAACCUAGUUCAUGUUCCUUUGAAAGAAAUAAAAUGAAAGCUUUUGAAGCGAAGAUGUCAACGCGGUGCUAGGUUUGCGCCGGCCACGAUUAUUUAUAAGUAUAUUGGAAAGAAGAGUGACUAGGCUACGGUCUAACUUUUUCUUCCUAGCGGAGUUCAAUACGAAAAUAAAGGCGCUCCGCGUUGGGAAUGGCGUACGUAGUACGGGUGGUAUUUCCGGUAUAACUGAUCAGGGUUGUUCUGAAAGCAAGUCAAUUGGUGCUUUGGAAAGUGAGUGCCAGAGGCUAGUCACUGCUUGGUUUACAGAAGGGAAGGAAGAAAGAGAUACCGAAGCAGAUUCAGUAUAGAAAAGAAGAAAUUGAUACCAUUCAUUCCAGCUUAUUUGAUACCCACUUAAAGUUUCUAUCAAACCAUGUCUUUUUCUUCGAACGUCAAUCUCGUAGGAAUUUAGAUUGGAAGUGUGGUAUUGAAGGGCGAAGCCUUUACUCUUUUACUUGUUUCUUUGAAUAUAAUAUAACAUAGUAUUGACUACGCACUUCGAAAGAUAAUGGUGUAUUCCGAGGAUCAGUCCGUUUUUUAUUGAAUUCGCAAAUUGAUAGAUCUGGAUGAUUAAAAGAAUGAUUCUUCCCUGGGUAUUUCCCCGCUACCAUUAUGGAAAUUGGAGCUUUUCAAUUCCAUUUUGGAGAUGCUCGUAACGAUUUUUUUCUUUUGGG